AUGAAGGAGAUGAAGAAAUUGUACGGUAGAGGCUAUUCCAGUGGUAGAAGAAGGUUCGGCGGCGGAGUGAAGAGGGGCGGUGGAGUGAAAGACCCUGAUUUCAAAUUCCUACACGGACUGUUUCGCACGGUGACUGAGGUUGGAGAUGGAGAUGCUGAACUUGGGGCAAUGGGAAUCAACUUCAAAAUAAGCUUGGCAGCGCACUUCUUCACGCCAAUGCUGUUUGUCUAUGGUCACAUUGUCAGAUUGAAGCAUCUCGUUUCGCUUGAUUUCUCAAUUGCAGCAUCUUACCCGUUUCCAGCGAGCCACGACGGAUUGUGGAAGAAAGUUCAUCCGAUUGCAGCAUUCUCGCUCGAUUCCCAGGCAUAUGGUAGCACUUUAUUUAGUAUGGUUAUUGUGAAUGUUGGAAUGAAAAACUCGGUUUAUGAUCCAUCAAAAGCAACCGACAUAGACGAACUAUUCAAUCAGGCAAGACAUGUGGGGGCUCUAGCAGCAUCUGUUGAACAUGAUGGCACGCGUUUGGUCUCGCGCUUCAACCACCACCACACAAUUAGAGAUGUCCGGGGCUUCAUAGACGCAUCAAGGCCCGGCGGGUCAACGGGUUACCAGCUGCAGACAAUGGGAUUCCCUACCAAGCAGCUGGCUGACUUGGAUCAGACGAUCGAGGAAGCUGGGGUAGCUAAUUCGGUUGUGACCCAGAAGAUAUAA